UUUGAUACUCUGAUUAAAACUUGGUAGGGUGAAAAACUGAGGAAAGAAAAUGAUGGAGAUCUCUAUUAUUGAAAAUGUCGAGAGGCUAUGGGAUUUAUGGAACAUCAGAUCAUUCAUUAUUUUAAGCCUCUCGCUGCAGGCUUUCUUAAUUUUGUGUGCACCGCUAAGAAAAAUAACAUGGAGAAAAUGGGGAAUAUUACUUUGGUCAGCAUACUUGCUCGCAGACUGGGUAGCCAGCCUCGCCAUUGGGUCCAUCUUAAGCAACGAGAAGAAAAGUGCUACUAGAAGUAGUGACAUCCAGGUGUUUUGGGCACCCUUUCUCCUGUUGCACCUCGGGGGUCCGGACACCAUUACUUCCUUUGCUCUUGAGGAUAAUCAGUUUUGGGUGAGGCACCUGCUUGGGCUUGCAUUGCAGGUUGGUUCUACGCUCUAUGUCUUCAUCUUGUCCUUCCCAAAGAACAAGCUGUGGCUCCCAACCAUCCUAGUGUUGAUUGCAGGAAUAAUCAAAUAUGCAGAGCGAAACCGUGCCUUCUAUCUCGCAAGCUUUGACCAUCUUGGAGGCAAUUGGGUGGCCAGCAAAUGGGAAGAUGGAAUUCACAUUCCAGAACAAUUCCAAAAGAUGGACAGCAGGGUAACUUUUGAUGAUGGUUUCAGGUCAAAACUGUGGAGUGCAGUUCACCACUUAGGCAGUAUCAAGAUGACACUUGUAGGUCCUUCUUUAACUCAAACUCAAUGCUCUGAUAUCAGAGACACCUUUCUUCAAGAAAAGGCACUUGAUGCAUUACAAAUAAUGGAGAUUGAGCUAAGCCUCUUGUAUGAGAUCCUCCAUACCAAGUUGCCUGUGGUUGAUUGCAAGACUGGAUACGUCUUCAGGGUUAUAAGUCUGGUUUGCAUUCUGGCAGCCUUGUUGUCAUUCUCAUUACUUAAGAAGCACUAUGAGCUGUUUGACAUCUUGCUUACCUAUGGAUUGCUGGUCGGUGGCUUCGCGUUGGAUUUGAUAUCUAUCAUCUUGCAGUACUUCUGCUCCGAUUGGAUACUUGUUGCUCACUUGCAAAACAAGAACUCUCCAUUCAUUGACAGGAAAAGAUCGUUGGAGGUGUUUAGAGGGUUACGAUGUUUGUCUUCCCAGGAAUUCAGAAAAGACAAAGAAUGGUCCUUCAUUUUCGAGGAAGUGAAGCAAUUGAAUGAGCAUUUAAGUCAACAACUCAAGAAAAGCUCGUCUAAGACGGUACUAGAGGCCAAGGAAGUUUGGUUAAAAAGCCGUGAUCGAGUUCUUAUGAAAUUCACAAAUUUUAAGGAACUCAAGCAGACUGUCGAAAAUUUAGACUACACGAAAAGCAUUCUAACAUGGCAUAUAGCAACUGAAUUAUGCUACCAAGUAGACCUAGGGCCUAAGUCUGAUGAGGACAAAGCAAUGUGCAAGAAAUUUUCAGAUUAUAUGUUCUAUCUUGAAGUAAUGCAACCCACUAUGAUGGCAGCGGUAUCAGUCAACUGGAAAAUGGUAUUUGAAGACACACUGCGGCAGACCAAGUCCUUUGUAAGAAGGACAAUCUCAAAUGAACAGGAAGCUAGCAAAGAAAUCUUUGAACAGGGAAUGAAUAAAGCGAGAAGAAGGGAAAAAAUCCUUGGAAUGAACUCUGUGUUGGGUUCUGCAAUUGAUCUUGCUCAAAAGCUGAAGAAGCCGCCGGACGCUGCUUGUCCGUGGGAGUCAAUGAGCAAAGUUUGGGUACAACUAAUGUGCAUUGCUGCUAUUAAUUGCAGGCCAAGUGUACAUGCACAACAACCAAGUAAGGGCGGAGAACUUCUCACAUUCGUUUGGUUGUUCAUGAAUCACAUGGGGCUCGAAACUCACUUUUCAACCCAUUACUAAGAUUAUUAGUGACUUUCAUGAAACUGUUCACCAAAGUUUGAUUCUUUACGUAUGUCUUUCUUUGUUAGCCACUGCUACAUUGUCAUGUUUAGUGCAUUAGGGUUCUGUAUCUUUGAUUCAGUGGUUCAUUCGAUCAUGUUUAAUUG